AAUUAAUGAUCAUGAGCUCGUAUUUGAUGGACUCUAGCUACAUCGAUCCGAAAUUUCCUCCUUGCGAGGAAUAUUCGCAAAAUAACUACAUCCCUGAGCACAGUCCCGAAUAUUACCGCGCCAGGGACGGCGGCUACCAGCAUCACCACCAGGAGUUGUACCCUUCCCGGGGAAACUACCAGGAGCGCCAGUACAAUUGCGCUAGCAUCCCAGAGCCCGAUGCCCAGAGAGGACAUGGACUACCUCAAUCAGGUCACCUGCUCGGAAAAGGGCAGCCUGCCUCAUGUGAGCCCCCCCAAUUACCCCUUUCUCCGGCAACUCCACCGGCUGCCACUUCAGCCUGCAACCAAGUCACUCCGGAGCAUCCCAACAGCACAGCCUCGGCCAAGCAGCCAGUUGUGUACCCAUGGAUGAAGAAAAUUCACGUCAGUACCGUGAACUCUAGUUACAAUGGAGGAGAGCCCAAGCGGUCUAGAACUGCUUACACCCGCCAGCAAGUUUUAGAACUGGAGAAGGAAUUCCACUAUAACCGCUACUUAACACGACGAAGACGUAUCGAGAUUGCUCAUUCUUUGGUUCUCUCUGAGAGACAAAUAAAAAUUUGGUUUCAAAACCGCCGGAUGAAAUGGAAAAAAGAUCAUAGGCUACCCAACACCAAAGUCAGAUCCUCGUCGUCCGGCAUGUCCUCCAGCUCCAACACAGGCUCAGCUGCUGGCAUUGUAGCAACUGCUUCAACGAGUAACACCAUGGCAUCCAACGAAGAUCUCUCCGGAUCCGAGCGAGGAGAGGAUAUUACAAGGUUAUAAAAGAACUCCUCCUAAGAGAGAAGGAAAACAAAGCUCUCAAAAUGACUGACCUAUUUAUAAAUUAUAUUUUGAUUUUUUUCUCCGUAGGUAUCUUGUGCGUCCGAAGGAUUUGCUUUAAGUCCACAGUUAUAUAAAAUGCAUGUUAUAUAGCAUGGAUUAUUGCGAAUACCUAUAAUUUUUUAUGCGAAACAGGGUUUUAAUUUAUUAACUGACACAAGAUACUUUCUCCUUAAUGUAAAAUGGAUUUUGCACCAGGCAGAUUAUGGACACUAUAUUUACAUGUUGUGUGGGCCUUUUUGAGCCCAGCUGCCAAGGUGAAGUGCACAAAUGUUCUAUUUAUUUCACACAAGAGUCUGGGGGAAGUUGUUUUUAUAUUGUACAUAAAAUGACUAUUACAAUAGUGAUCUUGAACUUCUUUUGUUAUCUGAAACAUCACGCUGUUAGCUAAAUGUCGUAUGAACAGGUUAAGAUUUUUUAAUUAAUUUGCUUUUGUUGUGAUGACGUUGUGUUUAGCUUAUUAAACCAGAUGAUUGUGAGAUGCAAUAAACUAGUUUAGUGUAUUUGUGAUAAUAUUGAUCAAUAAAAUUGUUAGUUUUAGACUUGGGUGAAUUUAAUUUUAUUAACAAGGAGACUAGAUUUCCAAUAU